GAGAUCUUCCAAAAGCCCCUCAGGCCCAACGUUAAACCCAGAACUGCAGAAAUGAAGCUCUACCCCGUAAUACAACCCUACGUGAUCACAGAAUUAAAAGCCUCUUCCAUCACAUUAGGUAACAACAGCAAUGUUUUGUGAUGGGCAGUCUCAAACGCCACCGUGUCACGUACCCCACAUCGGAGCCGAUCACAGUCACCCCAAAGGUCCCGCAUCCGAGCAGGGACACACAAGCACAAUCACGCACCUGUCACGGCCUCAUCACUGCGCACACACCCCGCCUCGUCACGGCCACAAACGCUCACACUUAAACACGCAUACACAAGCCUGAGCUCCGGGCUCCACACGCCCUGUCUGCGCCAGGAGGCCUCGAGGAUUCCUCGCCGUGAGCGCCCGCCGCGCCCAGACACCAGUUCCCACUCGGAGCGCCACGACUUUGAGGAUUUCGGAAGAGCCAGAGACGCAAAGUUCUUUUCAAAAGCUGCCAGGGGUCUGUGGGAAAUGUAGUUCAACGCCGGAAAAACCCGGAUGUCGAGAGGGCGCGCGGAGGCCGCGGCCGCGAGGACGGAGCCGCGGAGACGCUUGGGAGGAGCAGCCGGCGGGGGAGUACGCAGGCGCAGGCGGCUGGCCAGUGGUCCAAGGUGGGUAGUCUCCAGCUGCAAUGGAUUGGGAGCUGGAAAAGGGAAGAGAAGUCAGGGAGAAGAAGAGGCUAACAUGACUGGUACCAUUAUAAUUUAGUGUAAGUCAUCUUUUACCUUCUGAAAGAACCCACUGCUGGCCACUUCCAGAGAUACACUUCCCUUCUUAUGGGCAUAGACACUUCUCCAGCUGCCUCCUCAGUGCUUCCUCUGGGCAUGCAGUGGCCCACCUGGUGGGUCUUGUCUCUCCAGUCAGUCCUCUUGGCAGGAUCCAAGCCAAACUAGGCGGGCUGCAUCCAUGGGGUCCCCAUCUAGAGCUCAGGAACCGCCCGUUUUCUAAAGGGGAGCCCAAAGAAAGACUGGUCAUCUUUUGCAAAUCUCAAAGCCAUGGCUCAGGGAUCCGUGUCAUUCAAAGAUGUGACUGUAGACUUCACUCCAGAGGAGUGGCAGCACCUGGAUCCUGCUCAGAAGACUCUAUACAUGGACGUGAUGUUGGAAAACUAUUGCCACCUCGUUUCUGUGGGGUGUCACAUGACCAAGCCUGAUGUGAUCCUCAAGUUGGAACGAGGAGAAGAGCCAUGGACAUCAUUUACAGGUCAUACCUGCUUAGAAGAAAACUGGAAAGCUGAAGACUUUUUAGUGAAAUUCAAGGAACAUCAAGAUAAGUAUUCUAGAUCAGUUGUAUUCAUCAACCAGAAAAAACUGAUGGAGAACAGUACUGCACACGAAAAGACAUUUACUUUAGGCAAAAACCCUGUUAAGUUAAAAAAUCUACCUCCUGAAUAUGACACUCACAGAAAGAUUUUUAAAAAUGUUUCAGAAUUAAUCAUCAGUAAUCUAAGUCCUACAAGAAAGAGACUUAGUGAGUAUAAUGGAUAUGGGAAAUCACUCCUCAAUACUCAGCCAGGGACAGCUCAUCCUGGAGUCAAAUCCCAUAAUCAACGUGGCAGGGUUGUCCGUCAUAAUGAAGUGCUUAUGCAAUAUCAUAAGAUGGAAACUCCACAGUCAUUUGGAUAUAACGACUGUGAGAAAUCCUUCCUUAAAAAAGGAGACUUAAUAACACAUAAUAGAGCUUACAGAAGGGGAAACCCAUCUGAAUAUCAUAAAAGGAGAAGAGCAACCAAUGUUGAAAAGAAACAUACAUGCGCUGAAUGUGGGAAGUCCUUCUGCAGGAAGUCAGUAUUAAUUCUACAUCAGGGAAUUCACACAGAAGAAAAACCCUAUCAAUGUCAUCAAUGUGGAAAUUCAUUUAGAAGGAAGUCAUAUCUCAUCGAUCAUCAGAGAACUCACACAGGAGAGAAACCCUUUGUUUGUAAUGAAUGUGGUAAGUCCUUCCGCCUAAAGACAGCCCUCACUGAUCAUCAGAGAACACAUACAGGGGAGAAAUCAUACGAAUGUCCACAAUGUAGGAAUGCCUUCAGAUUGAAGUCACACCUGAUUCGUCAUCAGAGAACUCAUACAGGAGAGAAACCAUAUGAGUGUAAUGACUGUGGGAAGUCCUUCCGCCAGAAGACAACACUCUCUCUACAUCAAAGAAUUCAUACAGGAGAGAAACCCUAUAUUUGCAAAGAAUGUGGCAAGUCCUUUCACCAGAAGGCAAACCUUACUGUACAUCAGAGAACUCAUACAGGGGAAAAGCCCUAUAUUUGUAAUGAAUGUGGGAAAUCCUUCUCCCAGAAGACAACCCUUGCGCUUCAUGAGAAAACUCAUAAUGAGGAAAAACCCUACAUUUGUAAUGAAUGUGGGAAGUCCUUCCGCCAGAAGACAACCCUCGUAGCACAUCAGAGAACACAUACAGGGGAAAAAUCCUAUGAAUGUCCUCACUGUGGGAAGGCCUUUAGAAUGAAGUCAUACCUCAUUGAUCACCACAGAACUCACACAGGAGAGAAACCAUAUGAAUGUAAUGAAUGUGGGAAAUCCUUCAGCCAGAAGACAAAUCUCAAUCUACAUCAAAGAAUUCAUACAGGGGAGAAACCCUAUGUUUGUAAUGAAUGUGGGAAGUCUUUUCGCCAGAAAGCAACCCUCACUGUACAUCAGAAAAUACAUACAGGUCAGAAGUCCUAUGAAUGUCCUCAGUGUGGGAAAGCCUUUAGCAGGAAGUCAUAUCUUAUUCAUCAUCAAAGAACUCAUACAGGAGAGAAACCAUAUAAAUGUAAUGAAUGUGGGAAGUGCUUUCGCCAGAAGACAAAUCUCAUUGUACAUCAGAGAACUCACACAGGGGAGAAACCCUAUAUUUGUAAUGACUGUGGUAAGUCCUUCAGUUAUAAGAGAAACCUCAUUGUCCAUCAAAGAACUCACAAGGGAGAAAACAUGGAAAUGCAAUAAACAAUGUGAUUUCUUUGUGAAGCCUUUCCAAGUUAUUAUAAACCUUUAGUUUAAAAAAGAAAGCAUGCUUAAACAUGUUAAUAAGGUUACUUUAAUCACAAAUCUAAUAAUAGUUAUUAAUUUAAAGUACUAUACCAUAUAACUAUUUCCUGUUUACUAGCAUAUAAAAUGGGUAUGAUCAUUGUUAUUGAAUGCUAUCAGCAAUGAAGCUAAUUUUUAAGUUUUCAAGUUCUCUUGCUGACUCAGUUUAUAUUAAAAAAAAAACUUAUAUAAAUACACACAGAGGCAAGAUACAAAAUGGUUAUAAGCAUCAGUCUUCAUAAGAGAAAAUAUGAAGUAUAUUUCUCAUUGCAGUCUGUAGAAUAAAAAGUAGUUGUUACUUCCCCAAAGAUUACCAGUUCUCUGGCUUAAACAUCAUGAAAUAGUUUUUGCAUGUCUUUAAGCUUUAUAUAUAUUUUAUCAUACACCAUGAAUUCUUUUGUGUCUUGUUUCACUCAACAUUUUUAAGAUUCAUACAUUAUUGCAUGUGGCAGUAUUCAUUUUCAUUCUGUAUGCUAUUCCAUUUUAAGAAUAUACAGCUAUUUAUCCUCUUGAUGGAUAUUUGUAUUUUUUAAAAUUUUGUGUUGUAAUAAAAAUACUGCUAUAAAUAUUCUUGU